GGCGCAAGACCCUGGUGGCGGCCGCAGUGGGGGUCAUGCUGGUCCUGGUCCUGGUGGUCAUCAUCCCCGUGCUGGUCAGCUCCGUGGGGUCGGGCGGCGGAGAGGACGGCGCCGGCCGCUACGAGAUGCUGGGGACGUGCCGCAUGGUGUGCGACCCCUUCCCCACGGGGGAGCCCGUCACCGCCGAGCUACAGGUGGAAGCCGGUUUGGCCGAUCACAGCAUCGGACCGCCGUUGCACACGUACGGCGCUCACGGCUCCCCCGGCAGACACGGUCGCCCCGGCAACCCCGGACCCCCGGGCCCACCUGGAGAACCAGGUCCUCCGGGACCCAAAGGACCCCCCGGGGAUGCCAUGGACGUGGUCCGGAAGGGGAUUCUCGGAUUCGGGGGCAAAGGCUCGGUCAGCACCACCACCUACACCACCACGCCCCGGGUGGCUUUUUACGCGGGACUCCGGAACCCGCAGGAAGGUUACGACAUCCUCCGCUUCGACGACGUGGUGACCAACAUCGGGGGCAACUUUGAGGGCGCCACGGGGAAGUUCACCUGUAAGAUCCCCGGCACCUACUUUUUCAUAUACAACGUUCUGAUGAGGGGUGGAGACGGCACCAGCAUGUGGGCGGACCUCAUCAAGAACGGUCUGGUGAGGGCCAGUGCAAUCGCCCAGGACCAGGACCAGAGUUACGACUACGCCAGCAACAACGUCAUUCUGCACCUGGACGCGGGCGACGAGGUCUUCAUCAAACUGGACGGGGGAAAGGCCCACGGCGGCAACAGCAACAAGUACAGCACCUUUUCGGGCUUCAUUCUCUACGCCGACUAGCCGGGCGGGGACCACGGCGGGUCGCUUGACUUUCACUUGCAGCCAGGACGACGUUGCCCGUAGCCACCGAUCUGCGGUCGGGCGGGCGGAUUGGCGGUUACGGGAAACGGGUCUACCUCUUUGUCCAUUCAGGGUGCCUACGCCGCGGUUCCGACAACCCGACCCAACGCGUCAUGGCGGCGGCGAUUCCGACAGCGUCAUCUCCAAACACGUCUCGUUUGCUGGUGUUCUUGCAUUCUUCCUGUUAGCACGCUAAGAUGUGAACUCAGGCGUCGGAAUGGGAUUAUUGUUUUAGUGAAUAAGCUCUGAUAUUGAAUCUUGUCAGUCCGAGUCCUGUCUUGUUCAAGACCUUGAUUAAAUAUUUGUGCCAUUCUACCA